GAGAUAAAACGACAGCGUCACACUUUUGGUACCUGGCGUCACUGCCUCACCGCCUAACCCCCUCGCCCCUCUCUCCCUUUCUCUCUCUAGAUCGGACACUCCAAAAGAUUCCAAGUCUAGAUCUAUCUAUCUGAUUAUCACUGUUAAACCUCUUCUUCGCUUUGAUUCCGUCACCGGAAAACUGCUGUUCUCUGCCUGAAACUGCCCUGAACAGAAUCUCCGGCGAAUUUUUACACCGCACAUAGGUAAGCGAUCGCGACGAAAUGAGUAACGGAGAGCUGCUGCUCAUCGAACCAACUGACCUUGAGUUUUCAUUCGAAUUGAAGAAGCAGAUCUCAUGUUCUAUGCAUUUGACAAACAAAUCUGAUAACUAUGUCGCCUUCAAGGUGAAAACAACAAAUCCGAAGAAAUACUGUGUAAGGCCUAACACUGGAGUUGUGACCCCGCACACUACUUGUGAUGUUAUAGUUACAAUGCAAGCACAAAAGGAGGCUCCAACAGACAUGCAGUGUAAGGACAAGUUCUUGCUUCAAAGUGUGGUUGUGAGCCCUGGAACCGCAGCAAAGGAUAUAACUCCAGAAAUGUUCAACAAGGAGUCAGGGAACCAGGUUGAUGAAUGCAAGUUGAAGGUGGUUUAUGUCCAACCACCUCAACCUCCAUCACCAGUGCGAGAGGGUUCGGAGGAAGGUUCCUCACCAAGGGCUUCACUGUCAGAAAAUGGAGCAAUGAAUUCAUCGGAGCACAGCAAUGUUUCAAGAACACAAAUUGAGUCACAAGACAAGUCAUUGGAGGCAAAAGCGUUAAUUUCUAAGCUCACAGAGGAGAAGAAUUCUGCCAUACAAAUAAAUAAAAAGCUUCAGCAAGAAUUGGAGCUCUUGAGACGUGAAUCAAACAGAAAUCGAGGUGGCAUCCCAUUUAUGUAUGUAGUUAUUAUUGGGUUGGUGAGCAUUGUUGUGGGCUAUCUUUUCAAGAGGACAUGAUGAAGGGUCAAUCCUCCUCCAGCAGCUCUUUCGAAAAUUUUACAGAGUGUGACUAAUUCAGGAAAAGCUUUGUAUUGAUUAUUAGUUGUGUUGUUGACUUUGAAGGGCAAGCUUUGUCUUUAAAGUAACGUAACGUGGUUGUUUUGGAUGGUUAGGUUUAAUUUGUUACAACUUUACAUUCGGCUUUUGUAUUUUAGGUACACUAAUUUGAAUCUAAACCACCAUCCAACUUCUCGUA